AAAUCGCUAAAACUAUCUCCACGCGCCUUCGAGUGGGAUUCACGCGCAUUUCCGUCUGCCCUAGUCGCCAUCCGAUAAGAUCUCGCCGCGACUCGUCUGUAUAGCGAUUCGUACCGUGUUGACUCAGUUACGAUUUGAACAAUGGAUCCGAUGGAUAUAGUCGGCAAAUCCAAAGAAGACGCUUCGCUUCCGAAAGCUACGAUGACUAAGAUUAUAAAGGAGAUGUUACCACCUGAUGUUCGUGUUGCUAGAGACGCUCAAGAUCUUCUUAUUGAGUGUUGUGUAGAGUUUAUAAAUCUUGUAUCUUCAGAAUCUAAUGAGGUUUGUAACAAAGAGGAUAGACGAACGAUUGCUCCUGAGCAUGUUCUCAAGGCGUUACAGGUUCUGGGAUUUGGAGAGUAUAUUGAGGAAGUGUAUGCUGCUUAUGAGCAACAUAAGUAUGAAACCAUGCAGGACACGCAGAGGAGUGUGAAAUGCAACAGUGGAGCUCAGAUGACUGAGGAGGAAGCAGCAGCUGAGCAGCAACGUAUGUUUGCAGAAGCACGUGCGAGAAUGAACGGAGGUGGUCCGGUUCCUCAACCCGAACAUCCUGAAACCGAACAGCCUGAAACCGACCAGAGAAAUCUGCAAAGCUAAUUGGAGCUAGCCUAUAUGGCUUGGUAGGCAAAAAAAUAAAAAAGAAAUGAAAAGAGCAUCCUUUUAACGUUCCCUUGUAAGUGCAAAUGUGCUCUUUAGUCUUAGUAUAAUAUAAGCUAGUGUUCUACGAUCUUGAAACACUUGUGAUUCCGAUGUAGUUACUAGUUAGUAAGCAUUUCUUGUUUUGUGUUUACACUUCUAUCCUGAGUACAUAUGGUUGAUGAUGGGUUUACAGAGGGAGUUUUAUCUAAAUUUCCUGAUGUUUGCAAGUUUGAUGCUGGUUAGUGAUUUAGUGUAUUGUACGACUAAUAUAAAGAAACUAAUAUAAACCAAGAUUUGUAUA